AGGCUGCCGGGGGAUCUUGAAGAGAGCAAGGGAGGGGGAGGAGGAGGAGGAGAAGACGGAUUGAUAUAACAAGCGCGGUUGUCGAUGCCCAGCGCAAUUCACUUCAACUGUUUGAACCAGGACCGAUAAAAAAAAUAAAUAAUAAUAAUAGGGGGAGCAGGCUUUCCAUUGAUUUCGGUCACAGACAACUUUUUCUUCCUGAGUCAGUUUAUACCACAUGUUUUUUUUCUUGUCAGACGAGACAGGGAAACACCAUCAGCUCAGAAACUGUGCGCAGAGCUUUGCGUCGGGACUUUUCUUUUAAAGACUUAAGAUCCUGACAGUUCCUUUCUUCACCUACAGCGUGGUGUGGGAUUUUUGAGCUAAAAAACGUGGAGUUCUCAAAUGCAAAAGUACAUGUAUGAGAAAGCGAUGGCUCAAGAAACAAGGAACGGAGGCACCUCUACGUUAAAUAACAACAAUGGUGUUGACAACAGUAAAAAGAAGUUGCUUAUAGCGCUGGACAUCUUCUGUCUCCUACUUGCUAUGCUGCCGACCAUGGUUCUCCAUCAUACCUCUAUUCGUCCAUACCAGAGGGGUCUUUACUGCAGCGACUCCAGCCUGAACUAUCCCUACAAGAGCAGCACCAUACCCUCUUCAGUGCUCAUUUCUGUUGGCUUGACACUGCCCGCAGUGUCCAUUGCAAUUGGAGAAUGCUACAGGAUUCACCAACUACAUGAAGGAACCAAGUCAUUUGUUGGGAACCCUUACGUUGCAGCUCUCUACAAACAGAUAGGUGUGUUCAUGUUCGGCUGUGCCGUCAGCCAGUCAUUUACAGACAUCGCCAAGGUGUCGGUGGGCAGGAUGAGACCCCACUUCAUAGAUGUGUGUCGGCCAGAUUUCACCACCAUCAACUGUUCACUGGGAUACAUCACUAACUAUACCUGCACUGGUGAAGACAGCGCCGUGCAAGAGGCCAGGAAAUCCUUCUUCUCAGGACAUGCCUCUUUUUCCCUGUAUACCAUGCUCUACCUGGCUUUCUACAUCCAGUCCAGGUUCACAUGGCGCGGCGCUCGUCUCCUGCGCCCGUUGCUCCAGUUCACCUUGUUGAUGAUGGCUUUCUACACUGGCUUAUCACGCGUCUCCGACCAUAAGCACCACCCGACCGAUGUCCUGGCAGGCUUUGUGCAGGGAGCCCUGGUGGCCUACUGCAUAGUGUUCUACGUCUCUGACCUGUUCAAGCCUAGGGUGAAGCUGCCCACACCCCCACCCUCCCCAAUCAAGAAGGAGCUGCUCCCAUCAUCCGACAUCAUCGACAGGAACAACCACCACAACAUGGUGUGAGGGAGGCCUCGCCGCCUUCCUGUCAUCGAGGAGCCAACCACAGCGCUGCUCACCUCCCAUCGGACAGUAGAAUGUAGCGACAAGAGACUGUAGCUGCUUCUUAAAUGGCAUCCUCCUCCCUUUUGCUGUGCCCUGCGAGGCACGUUGUGGACCGGGGUGUCAGAUUUGAGAUUUGCACAGCAGAGUCCACUCUCACUAUUCAGACUUAUUAUUCUCUAUUACUUACUAAUCAACAUUUGAGCCUAUAUGUCUUUGAGCACAAACAAAAAAGAAUUGGAGAGCUAAACAACUAAAUUAAUGAAGAAAUCGAUGACUUGACAGGCAGAGCUAAGGGUGUGGAGGAUUUGACAGCAAUCACAUGAAGGGAAAACAUGUGAAGAAAACUCAAUUAAAAAAGAAUAUAAGAAAAGAAAAGAGACAAACCCCCUGCCUAGGGAGAGAGGGAUCCUUCCUCUCUGAACUCUCUGUGGCCUUGGAGCGCCAUAGGACAACAACUUCCUGAGCCAUGGGAAGGAUAUUACUGCAUUAGUUAGCAACAUAGAAAUAUUAACAGUAUAGAAAAGUAUAACUUAUAGCACUGUUUUAACUUCAUUGUCCAUGAUCACCACUUGCUGCAUGAGAUGUUUAACUGAAGAAAACUUGAUUGUGCUGAAUUCAUGAGACAGAAACAUCAGCUUCUAAACUAAUACCGUAACCCAGUACUAGCAAGCUACUGCGGGCAUCAUAAACAGCUUGUUUGGCUUUUAGAAACUGGUAACAAAAAAAAAUUCUUCCCAAUCUUCACCUUUGAAACCCUCCGACCUCACACACGUCUGUCUCCAGAUCAGCACAUCAAGCUUUUUUGCAGUGGACUAUCAGCGCAGCCCAAACCCGGGAUGUUGCAGUUCUUGAGGUUAGAUGUAGUAAAUGCAUGUCAUAUUCUGUGGAAGGAGGGAGGCUGACCUCCCAGCCGACCCAGCACCUGGAUAGGAGGCGUGGCUGUGCCAUGCCACUUCCUGGUGUUUUGGCCACCUGUCUGGAUUCCUAAAUAGGAAGGUUGACUGGUGAAUGGAGUGAAGGGGGUAUGGUCUGUCACCAUGGAGAUGGGAGUGAUGAUUUACAGCUAAGCUGGCACAUUAUUUUGGGAUGAUUUGGGCUCUUUCCGCUGGAAGGGAGGGGCUCUCAUCCAUCCAAUCACUCAUUGGCAAUGGAUGUUUGUCUCUCAGUUUGUGUGUGUUUUGUCUUGUGCUUGUGUGGGUAUGCUUGUUAUUGUUCUUGUGAUUUCAUGUGUGUAUGUGUAGGAGCCCUGUGCUCUGUGAAAAGGAACACCCCUCUUGAUAAACUGUGUGUGCGGAAACUAACACACACACGCUGUCAGCUGUGCCAAGUGUGUGUGCGUGUAUGUCUACUGUGUGUGCCACUGUGUGUCGGAGAACGAGAGAACAGGUUAUAAAAAACUGUGGAUCUAAUAUUUUUAUUUUCUGCUAAAAAGCAUCUUUAACCUCGCAUGUUAAUAGCCUGUCCUGUGUAAUCACUAACAUUUUGUACAGUACCAGGUCCUUUUUAUUUACAGCCUACUCAGAUAUCCUCAUCCAAGAACACACGCCGCCAUGUUGCACAUCUUUUUCAUCGUAUAGUCCGUCCUAUCAUUUCACAAAGCCGUUUUCGCUCUCUUUUUAUAAAUAUAUAAAUAAUGUAUAGAUCACUAAAAUUAACUCUGUAAGAUAUUGUUUCUUAACAUGUUUAGAUAUAUCCACUAUGAUUACAGACCUGUGUUCUUUACAAAAUGCUGCUUAAAAAGCAUCAAUUUGACAGAUUUUUGUAUCUAGAUAACUAAACUAUGUAGAAUGUAAUAGUUAUUUGUAAUAUGCAUAAAAAUACACCCUCAACUGUAUUGAAAUUCAAUAUUAGUAUUUUUGUAUUGUCUCAUUUUUUGUACAAAAGAAAUAGUAGUAAUGCUGUUUUUUCUGCUAAAUGUAUUUAGCUCCAUUAUAUGUGCUUUUAAAUAAAAAGCUCAUU